GUACAAGAUUUGUAGUUCUUUGCAAUGCAGUGUUGUGAUUGUGACGAAAGGCAUUGUGUGUAGUGAAGUAUACGCGUUAUGCUAAUGUGCUAAUCUGUUUAUUUAGAAUAAUAAUUUCUUUAUAAUGGCGCCGAAUUUUAGUAGAUUAACUCAACGGACAGAUGUGAAAAUUGCACUAGCUGCCUCAGCAGCUCUUAGUGCAUGGUAUAUUAGGAAUUAUCUAAAGUCAAGCAAAAGCAAAAAUGUUUCAAGAGGUCCAAGAUUGUCUCCGGAAGAACAAAUACAAUAUAUGAUAAAAGAAAAAGACAAAAAAGCACCAAAGGCAAAGGUUGAUGCACAGUUCUGGGCAGAACUGAAAGUGCUAUGGAAGAUUAUGUUCCCAGGACUUUGGUCCAAGGAGAGCGGUCUGAUGGUGCUGAUUGCUAUCUCGCUGAUCUCAAGAUCCAUGUGCGACUUGUGGCUCAUUCAGCAUACCACCUUGAUUGAGGGAUCCAUUAUCACAAUGAAUCUACCCGAUUUCAAGAAAUUCCUAACUCAAUUAUUCAUUGCUAUGCCCAUGAUAUCGUUAGUAAAUAACGUUUUGAAAUGGAGCAUAGGAGAGGCCAAACUGAGAAUCAGGACCAAUCUCACAGUACACAUGUACCAACAAUAUCUAAAAGGCUUCACGUACUAUCAAGUGACGAACCUGGACAACCGGAUAGCGAACGCAGACCAAGUGUUAACGACGGACAUAGACAAGUUCUGCGAGACAAUCAUAGACCUGUACAGCAAUAUCAGCAAACCACUACUGGACAUCGCAAUAUACCUCUACAGACUGAUGACAAACCUCGGCGCUUCUACACCCGGGAUCAUGGUUGCAUACUUAGUAGUUUCAGGAAUCUUCCUAACCUUCCUCAGAAGGCCAACAGCUAAAAUGACAGUUCAAGAGCAGAAGCUCGAAGGUGAAUUCAGAUACGUAAACGCCAGGCUAAUCACUAAUUCAGAGGAAAUUGCAUUCUACCAGGGCAACCAUAGAGAACAGCUGACUCUUCUCGCCAGCUUCUACAAGCUAACGCGGCAUCUGCGCAAAUUCCUACAUUUCAAAGUCAUCAUGGGCUUCAUAGACAAUAUCGUCGCUAAGUAUGUGGCGAUCACCGUUGGUUUCUACGCGGUGUCUAGACCUUUCUUCGCUGUGGACCACAACUUGCUCACCACUGGAACGGACAAUGACAGGUUUAAGCACUACUACACAUACGGGCGGAUGAUGAUAAAAAUGGCGGAGGGCAUAGGUCGCCUGGUGCUGUCGGGGCGCGAGAUGAACAAGCUGGCCGGACUGACCGCGCGCGUGGCGCAGCUGCGCCUCGUGCUGCGCGACGUGCAGCGCGGCGCUUACACCAGGACUAUGCUCGACAGCACCAACAGUAAUGGCGACGGUCCAGCGGCCAUCUUAUCCCCGGGCGCGGGACGCAUCAUCUACCAGGACAAGGUGAUCAAGUUCGACCGCGUGCCGCUCGUCACUCCCAACGGAGAUGUGCUCAUCAAGGAGCUCAGCUUCCAAGUCAAAUCCGGAAUAAAUGUGCUAGUGUGCGGACCCAAUGGUUGCGGAAAAUCUUCCCUGUUCCGGCAGCUCGGGGAGCUGUGGCCGAUAUUCGGCGGGACCCUGACGAAACCACCCAAAGGGAAACUCUUCUAUGUACCGCAGAGGCCGUAUAUGACUUUGGGAACUCUGAGAGAUCAGGUGAUCUACCCGCACACGCGCGAGGAGAUGUCACGGCGCGGCCGCGCGGACGCAGAGCUCGGCGCGCUGCUCGACAUCGUGCAGCUCGGGCCGCUCGUGGCGCGCCCGCGCGGCUGGGACGCUGUGGAGGACUGGAUGGACGUGCUCUCCGGGGGAGAGAAGCAGAGGAUUGCCAUGGCGCGCCUGUUCUACCACGCGCCACAGUUCGCGAUUCUGGACGAAUGCACCAGCGCCGUCUCCGUCGACGUCGAGGGCCACAUGUACCAGUACUGCAGACAGAUGGGCAUCUCACUAUUCACCGUGUCCCACCGCAAGUCCCUGUGGAAGCACCACGACCACUAUCUACAAAUGGACGGACGCGGCGGCUACGUCUUCGAAGAGAUCGACCAAGACACACAGGAGUUCGGUUCCUGAUUCGGCACAUUAUAUUCUAUUGUAACUUGUUAGUCCACAUUUGUAAACUAAAAGUUUUAAAAAGUGGAAAUUCGUGUUAUUAAUAGUGUUCAAGUGGAAUUAAUUCUUCCGAAGUUACCGAACAGCGAAAAAAAUGUCUUCUUGUAACGUAGUUAGGUAAGUUUGGUUACGAAAGUGGAUGAAGGGCUUCGCUAAUCUUAUUUAAAGGUUUAAGUAUACUUUAAACUAAAGUAUGUUUCGUCACGUUCUGACAAUAUCAAAUAUUGUAAAGUGCGAUAGUGACAAAACGUACUUUAGGUUAAAGUAUGAUUUGUGUUUUUAAAAAAUAACAGCCUACUAGCUUUUCCUAGCAGAAAGUAUCUUGUCUGUUUUCACACAAACUUUUGCCUAUAAUUGACCUUAGAUGUUCCACUACCUUCAUGUAAAUUUUCAUCGAAAUUGCUCCAGCAGUUUGGCUGUGCAGACAGUCUUUUCCAGAGUCAUGUACUUUUUAUUUUAAAACCCAAACAGUCAAAACAUGAAUAAAUGUGUCAAAUUUAAUAAAUGCUUCUGACUGCGAUAAACGCCCAGUUUUCUGUAAUAAUAUGCGUUUAAAUUAUGAACAUAAUGUUGUACGAACGUGUUUGAGUAAAAAAUCUGUGUACAACCAGAGAUGGGUAUACUCCCGGGCUCAAACUGGCCGUAAACGUUCUUGCCCGGGUGUAAGCCCAUCUAUGUAUACGUGCUGAUAUUGCAGUCGCAUUCGGUAGGGGCGCGAAUUUGCGCAUAUUUUUGCAUAACAUAGCAUUCAAAAUUUAUUCGUGAAGCUAUAUAGGUUUUCAUUUGAUUGUUUACAUGCACUUCCGCUUUAAAGUAAGAUUCUUUGUGUGUAUGAUAGCCCUUUUCUAUAUAGAAAUAAUAAUAGAGUUUCAGUUACCCUGAAAUUCUCUAGGUUAUUUAUGUAAUACGAGCAUUUCUAAAAUAAAACAUUAUCAAAUCUAUCAAUUAACAGACUACUAAUUCAUACUCAAUUUACACUUUGUGUAUUACGAGUAUUAUUUUUAAUUCCACAGGAGUAGUAUAAAAUAUCAGAUGCCUUUAGGUAACUUAUAAAAUCUGACACCAGUGUUAGCAUAAGAAAUGACUCGCUCGAUAAAAAAGAAAGAAUGUAUGUAUGUCAGCCAAUCAGAUAGUUAUGAGGUUAUUCUAAUUGUUGGAUAUGAAAAUCCUUACGGUGUAAUUAGGACAUAUUUUCAACAUUAAAUAUAUUCUUGAUAUCAUACUCAAGUUUUUCUAGUUUAUAAGUAGACCAAUAAAUUAUUUAUCAAUCAACAAUACUAUGUACUUAUCAAACAAUACCUACAUUUUAACAUUUUGUGAUCACUAAAUGUACAAAAUAUUUAUAUGAGAAUCCAUAUUCUGAUGAAAUACGUUUAUUAUGGAAACUGUUUCAAGUUUAUUUUAUUUUAUAUAGAAAUUCAACGUUUUAUGUAAGAUGUGAUAAUUUAUUAUACUCGGCAAAAUGCUAAUUAAUAACAAUUAUUUACGGUACAGUGCAUAGCACUUCUUCCAUUUUGUUUGCGUAAUAUUAUAUCUAUAAAAUUUUAAUAUAUUUCUAAAUAUAUGUCAUAUAAAUUAAUAGAAUAUGACUCAAAAAUUAAAUGUAAUUUGAUUUUUAUAUAAUUUAAUAAUAAUUUUCUAACAUUGUUCUUUAUUUUAAAUUCUUAUUUGACAAACUAUGCAUAGCAUUUUUUUCAUUCUCUGCUAAGUAAUUUGAAUGUUACCCUAACUUGUAAUAUGUCACAAAACUAAUGACAAUUAUUGUAAAAAACAAGUAAAUUAUACCUUAGAAUAACGUGUAACAUGAAUAACAUAAGUUAGUAUUAUAUGAUUACAUUACUAAAUGUACCAUUAGCUCGACAAGAUAUAACUAAUAUACAUUCGGUGUAUUUAUUUAUUUAAAGUCUGUCUAUUAUGAGUUGAAAAUAAAGAGACUGGCUACUCUAGUUGUUUAUAAUCCAAUAUUGAUCGUCCCAUUUGGUAUUGCAUCAAAAAAUAUAGUUGUUAAAACUCCGCGUAACUCUUUAUAGACAGCUUCAGUAACUCUCUUUAUAGACAGCUACUGUCAAUCCAAAACUGGUAAAUAAAAAAAUAUGGAAAGAUUCAAGAUAUAGCAAUAUUUAUUACAUCAAGCUUCGUAAAUACUAAUUUAUGUUAUCAAUUUAGCGAUAACAAACACGUAUGUACAGAAUGACAAGGAUAUUUGACCCGGGCGGUGAUCAAAAUGAGAAACUUUAAAAAGUUGUUUUUGUAGUAUAUUUUAUUUAUUUUUGUCAAAAUUAAUCUACAUUAACGACCCUCUCACCGGUAUAUAUUUCCUUGUCGAUCAUUAAUUAAUUUGCCUUCACUUUCGUCUGCGAUUAACCUAUGCCGCACCUGUUAUUUUGUUUAACGGCAUCGAUAUACUUAGGCAUCGGCCUUAGGUUGCCGUCGUAUUGAUUCCAUAAUAGCAAAUGUAUUGCCGCCCGCUGUGCCUAUGUUGGACCUUGGGUCAUUAACUAUAUCUAUUCUAAAUUUUAUCGAAAUCGGCCCAUUCAUUUAGUGAAAACGUGACAAAAAGCUUUCGCAUUUAAGUAUAGAAGGAUGGAUUUCUAAACGCAUUGGAAAGUUAUGUCGUGGCUGCUUUGUUAUCUCGUUCUUCAAAGAGCUGUUUUUUUCUUCUAAAUUCUGAUAUGAUGACAAGUGAGAGAAUGAGAGAUGGAACCAGGCGUGUCUACCGUUUGCUUACACAGUAGACUAUUUAUAGACCAUUUUGAUAUCUUGUAGACAAACGGAAGUACCGUUGCAAU